AUGGAGCUGCGCAUGGAGCUAAUGCAUUUAUUUGCCCCGGCACAGCCAGCGCCAGUUCCGAUCAUCCCGGUGCACGGACUUCUUCGAGCAGGCCUCAUCGUUGCCUUGUUCCUCGCUACAUUCUGCGCUUGCCUCUUGGCGUUUUUGCUUCGGCGGAUAGCUAUAACGAGCACGGGCUAUCCGGCAAAAGUUUUCUCCCUGUUAUCUGUAUUUGGUGGUGGCGUAUUUCUGGCCACAUGUCUUUUGGACCUUCUGCCCGAUGCAUUUUCAACACUUCGGCGAGUUGAAAAACUGGAGAAAUUCACUUACCACUAUCCGAUUGUUGAAACUCUGAUAGCUGUUGGAUUUUUACUGGUGCUUUCAACGGAACAGGUGUUUCUGUUUGUGCGAGAACAGAGCUGGAUUGGUUCAGAUGGCUUGGAGCAUCUUAUCGCGCACAGCGAUGACCUCUCAUCUAAUAUGCCAGUUGCUGACCACAUGAGUGUCCACUCUGAUUACGGGAGUGAUAUUGAUCUCCAGUGCCCAUCCUCACAUUCAUCCAUGCAUGCUGUGAUACUGGCAGUGGCAUGCGGAACAUUUCUGUACAUAACCUGUUUCGAGAUACUUCCUCACGAAUUCGAGCAACGUCAAUGUCGUAUUGUCAAACUUUUCGCUCUGUUUGCCGGUUUCUCGCUCAUUGCAUGUCUUAUGGCUCUAUUUCCCGAUGAUUAG